AGACGCGCAUGUUGCCGGAGCUGGACGCCGGUAAGUGGACGCGGCACUUGACUCGUCGCGGUCAUGCGGUCCAUGAAGCGUCGCUGAUCUUCACCGCAGAUCAAACUCUGGGCUGGUCUCGGGAAAAAAAGGACAUUUGAAAGCGAUCAUCUAAGAAUCAAGGAGCUCGUGGAAGUGUGUAGGAUCCUCCUGCCGAGUCGUCGGUAGUCUGAUGGGGGACAGGGAGUGAGCAGGGCUGCAGUACCAGGAGACACCUGCUCGUGCCCAUGGACCAGAAGCCGGCUCUGGUGUGGACCUGCCUGCUGUGGGCUGCACUCGUCCAGGCCUUCUCGACGAGCGACUCCAGCGCUGUCCCCAGACCCCCGCGGCUAAUUGGCUGCGUGUUCCUGAAUCGAGCUAACGUCACCUGCCGCUGGGAGGCUGGAGACACGCCAGCGACGCACUACACUCUGGUAGUUGAGAGGAGACCUGCCAGAGCCGAUCCCUCAACAACAAACAGCCCUCUGAACCUGUUCACCUGCACCACGUCUGACACCAGCUGCACGGCGGUCACCAACUCGUCAGUGAGGUUUAACUUCUGCAUCACCGUCACAGCGCACGGCCACAGCCGGGAUGUAUCGUCACAGCGGCGGUGUCAGUCCGGUAGGACUGAAGUGAUGCUGCCUCCGGUGACUUUAAACAGCGUAAAACCAGUCAGAGGGAAACCUCACUGUCUGAAUAUAACCUGGACCGGCACCUUGGCUCUCUUCCCUGUGGCUUACUCUGAAAUCAAAGGCGGGAACCUGAUAUCCCAAAUUGAGUUCACUGCGCAGGGGCAGUUUAACGGUCAGGUUGAAAACGUGACAGUGACAGACAACAGCUUCCUGGUUUGUCUCUUCAGACCUGAUACUUCAUACACCAUCAAGCUUCGUCACAGCUUCAGGGGUCCACAGAGUCCCUGGAGCCCGUGGAGCAAUGCCGGCCAGGGGAUGACCGGGGAGCACGCUCCGUCUGUCGCCCCAGCAUUCUGGAGGCGAGUGACAGAAACAGACAGGAACGGCUGGAGACUCAUCGCGCUGCUCUGGAAGGCCUUGCCUCGCUUUCUAGCCAAUGGCAGAGUUCUUUUCUACAAUGUGACCUGUCAGACGGAAAGCGCUCAGGUGCUGAAGGAUCAUGGCAGCUGCAGAGAUUUGCACAACACAAGCACUUCCUGUAGCUUGUGGCUGCCUGCUGGACGGUGCUCCUGCACUCUGACGGCCUCCACCUCUGCAGGGGCCUCGCCAGAAGCCCGAGUAUGGUUCCUUGGAGCUUUUGAGACAGAGCCACCACCCCCGAGCCAAAUCAGUGCAAGUCGGCUGGAUGAUAGCAGCUUGGAUGUCCGUUGGACGGCUCCAGCUAAUCGGUCAACAAGCGGCUUUCUCGUGGAGUGGUUCGCUGUUCGAGAGAAAAAUGGCAGCAUCCUGCACUGGCAAAGGUUGAACAGAUCCUGUACAGCGCUGGUCAUCACAGAGGGUGUAAAGCCAAUGGAGCGCUAUGUUGUUUCUGUCAAAGCUCUGUACGGUGAACGAGGGGCGGGACAGAACAGGACGGUCGAAAUUUAUACACGCCAAGGAGUUCCCUCAGCUGGUCCAAACGUGCAGGUGCAGCAGAUCUCUGGCAGCACUGUGGCGCUCACCUGGAGUCCCGUACCUGUGGAGCUACGUCAUGGUUUCAUCCGCAACUACACAGUCUCCUACUCAACGGCAAACCAACCACCCUGGAGAGUGUUUGUGUCUGGUGCCGCUCACCGCUACUCUCUAAGGAAUCUGUUGCCGGGAAACUACGACAUCUUCAUGCAGGCCAACACUGACGCUGGAGCCGGAACAGCUGGGCCCAUCGCUAAUGUGCACAUAGGUGAAGGCUCUGAGGAAAUCUCGAUACUGAUGUAUGCCCUCCUUCCUCUCGUGCUGACCACGCUGGCGUUGGUGCUGAUGGCCUGCCUGGCACAGAGUACGAUAGUGAAACAGAAGCUGUGUCAAGACAUCCCUGAUCCUUCCAAUAGCAGUUUAGCCCACUGGACCCCAAAAACUGCUUUGGAGAGUAUGAAGCAGCCUGCAAUGGCAGAGAAGACUGACAUCAAAUACUCUGAAGUCAUUUUGCUUGAUGAAAGCGAGCUGCAGAACUCCAGCCCCGAUAAGGACCUUGUCUAUCAAAACAUCUGCAAUCUCCAAACGUAUUCCUCUCACCGCAUCUCCCCGCUGCCACUUUCAGGCGCUCAGACACCUCAAAACAGCAGAAACUCGGAGAAGAAGAUCAUCAAAAUCUCCACCAGAACCAAGACAACCUCCAACACUGAUCUGUCCUCCUGUCCGUCCAUCUACUCCAAUGUCGUCUUCUCUCACACUCUCAAAAGUCCUUCUAGACCCCUCCUGUCCCCUUCUUAUGUCCAAACCGAUGCCUGGCAGCACAGCACCGUCAGCGUUUAUGAUGUUAAGCUACAGCCAGGUGGAGCCAGCGAGCUCUCUGUGUCUCUGCGGGGCAGGAGCGCCACAAGCUCUCCUUCCCAAACAGAUGAACUGAAAACCUUACAUCAUUUUCUGAGGCAGCGUCAAAGCCCUGUCUCCUUCAGCACCUCUCACUCCUCCGUCUUGCUUUCUCACCCAGCUGCCAUCACGUCACCCCAACGCUCUUUUUCUCAAAACCUCUGUAACUCGGUCCCGUCACUCCAGCCCGACGCUGUCACUCGCCCUGAUGCUCUUUCACCUUUACCUCACUCUGUUUUUGUAGAUUUAUCAUACUGCCCUGUGGAGUGCAAUCCUUACAUCACUGUUUAGUUUCAUGCCAGAGAAAUAAAGCUUUGAUUUGUUUUGUAACAGUGUCCAUAAAAAAUAUGCUCACACACCUGUUGACUUUUUAUCAAAACUCUCAGUAUUGUUUCUGUGUUUGUUCAAUAUGCAGCCAGCGCGGCUAGUUAGCUUAGCUUAGCAUAAAGACUGACUUUAAUUACAUCCACUUUGUUACAAUUUGACAAAACGUGAAAAAGUCAGGGGUUGAACGCCUUUUAUAGACACUGCUACAUUUGUUUUUUGUCCAUGUUUCAUCCAUUGUGAAGAUUUUAGGAUGUGUUUUUGACAGUCACUUGGUACACCUACUGCACAGUAUGUCUGAGCCAUGAUUGCAGUACUGAGGAAUGUAAAUAGUACAAAACACUGCCUGCACACUGUCUUCUCUACAUACACACUGUUGUAUUUUUCUUUUUUUUAAAUGUAUAUUUGAAUGUGCUGUUAUACAGCUAAAAGCAAUUUGAGAAGUCUAUGAAAGCUUUGCUUUUUGGUUGUCUGGACUUAUAAUAGUGUGUGUAUGAAUUUUCAAAAAAAAAAAAAAAAACCCAAAACAUUUUGUGAAAUGAGAAUUUUAAUUUUGAAAUAAGUAUCUUAACACUGUAUUGCAUGCUAGUUAACAGCAUUUCUAGUCUUACUUUAUAUCCUGGUGCAGCCGGUUCUCUUUGUUGAUGCCGUUUUUCUCAACAUAUUACAUAUUUUUUCCAUUAUGGGCUGGCAGUCUGGACAGGAACUUUCUCGCCUCCUCAAAGUUCUGUUAGUCGUCUCACUUUGCGUUUAAAACUCACAUACCUCAGAUUCAGACCUCUUUUAUCGCUGAAAUGCUGCUGCUUACUGGAAUUCGACCUUACAGGUCUGCGAUUACUUGAGAGUUGAAGGUCUUUUCGCUUUACAUUAUUUGUGUGCUUGAGCAUUAAAGUUGCAUGGACCACCAUUCCAACAAUAAAACAGCAGACAUGCUGUGUGAUGAUUCAAAGUUUGGACUCAUUCGUCC